AUGCAGGUCUUCCGGACGAUAUGGAAAACUGGACGCAUUUUGCACAAUUUUACUGUUCGAUUACCAACUUGCAUAAAAUUUACUACAGCAGCUAGCCGCGGUCCAGGAGGUCAAAACGUCAAUCGUGUAAAUUCUAAAGUCACCAUGUCGAUUCCGUUGAAUGAUCUUCGUCAGCAGUUGCCCGAGAAGAUAUUCAAUUACUUAACCACAAACUCUCUUUUUCGACCGUUCAUAAAGCAGAGUGUGAUUCAAAUUGUUUCAAAAACAUCAAGAAGUCAAUUUGUAAACAAAAAGUUGUGUUUAGAACGACUCGCUCUUCUUGUAUCUCAAGCAGCUCAACAUGUCACACCCUCAGAUCCUUCUCCAGGACAGGUGAAACGUGUUGAGAAACUAAAAAGGAUGCAUAAUAAGCAGCGUUUGCUUGAUAAAAGCAAGCACAGUUUGAAAAAGCAGGCCCGUAGAGAAACAAUUUAA